AGCCACAGUGCAGCAGGAAAAACCGCACCGCGGCACCAAGGGAUAGAAAGCCAAACGUAUAGGUUAUCAAUUCAAGAAUAAAUGGACAUGAAAGGGAGAAACUGCCUGCUUCCAAAGAACGAAAAUAAUGGGAAUAUUUCAGAUUCCAUCCCAACUGAAGAGCAGUUUUUCCACUGAAAUCCAAGGAAACCUUCCCAGCUUGGUCCGACGAAGCCCACUUCCACUGAUAGACAGCAGUAUGGGUGUACAACGGCAACACUAGCGACUGUGUCAAAUAGUCUGAAUAAGACGACGAAAAACCCGCAGCUAAGCUCGCAUUUUAUGACAGAGAGGACUUGGGAAUUGUCUGUGGAAAGUCUCCGCCUCUUAUAAUUUACAGCCGUUACUUGUUUUCUAAGAAAUCCCGGGCGUUGGGAUGCGUUCGCGUUGUCUCGCUUUAUAGGGUUCAAGAAUACAAUUGAGGGAUAAAUAUGGGUGAAGUUCAAGACGUCAGGGAUGUUAAGAAAACCUUCGUUGUUCCAUCAGUAAAGUCUUUUGAGCACUAUGACUUCUCCCGAGCCAAAAUAUGUUGCAGCCUCUCAUGGCUGGUGACCAAAGCAUACGGGACAGAAAGCAUCCCGGCAGACUUAAAGGACCCCUUCUACACAGACCAGUAUGAGCAGGAGCACCUGAAGCCUCCUCUUACGAGCCUUCUGCUGUCUGCGGACCUCUACUGCAGGGUGGGCUGCCUCAUCCUGAAGAGUGAGCCUCCAAAGCCCCUGCUGGGCCACAAUGCUGUCAUUCAGGCGUUGGCUCAGCAUGGGCUUUACGUCACCGACCAAGAGAGACUGGUCACUGAAAGGGACCUUCGAAAGAGGCCUCUACAAAUGAGCGCUCACCUGGCAAUGAUCGACACUCUGAUGAUGGCGCACACAGUGGAGACGGUGAGCGUUGAGAAGGUUAUGGCCUGCAUUCGUCAGUAUUCAUCUUGCGACCCUGAGGUGAAAACACCUUAUGACAACGAAGAUGCAGUGAACACCUGGAUCAACAAGGUAAAUGAGUAUCUGAAAGACAUCGGGGCUCAGGAGCAAAGGAACAUGGACACGCAGAGCGCCGAGCCUGCUGGGAGUUCUCUGGCUCGCUACAGGAAGGAGCAGGCAACAACGCAGCUGGUUCCCUGGAUCCCCCCAGUGGACAACCUGCUGAAAGACUGCACGGAUGGCUCGGCCCUGGGCGCGCUGCUCCACUUCUACUGCGCUCAGCUGCUGCCGCUGGAGGAUGUUUGUCUGAAAGAGAACAUGACGCUGACUGAUCGGCUGUCCAACCUUCAGCUCAUACAGGACUUCUGCAAAGACAACCUGAACAGCUGUUGCCAUUUUAGCCUGGAGGACAUGCUCUACGCCUCCUCUGACAUCAAGAACAACUACCUAGUGUUCAUGGCAGAGCUGUUUGGGUGGUUUGAGGUGGUCAAGCCGUCUUUUGUGAAACCAAGAAUGCUGAACAACGAAGGCACGGAGCAAUCAUCCCUGUUGAAGACUAUACCAGCUAUCCCCAUCUCCAAGGCAACCAAGAGCAGCUUCAUGGAAAGACCCCCAAAUCCUGAAAGACCAAGGCAUGCCCGUCCACAAAAUUUGCCCCUCCGUCCUCAGCCUCGAAACUCGGGAGAGAUGAAGAGGUCAACCUCAAUGUCCAUUGUCGAUUGCAACCUCAGCACCUGGCCCAAAGAAAAAAGGUCCGGGCCUUAUGGAGUGUCUUUUGACAUACCCUUUGACAAAGAGUACUCUGAUUCCACCAGUCCUUCCUCUACACGUGGCAUGGCCAGGUCCGUGAGCACUGAUGAUGGUUCUGGUUUCAAAGUCCACCACCUGUCCCAUGGAAUGAAGCAUAGCCUGUCCUUUCAGCCAGUGAACGGUAAGAAUGUCGACAUUAAGGAGGAGGAGGGCUGCCUAGACAGCAUGGCUGGUAUGGAGCUUUACAGGAGAGAGUAUCCAAACGGACAUCGAGGUGUCAUUGAAACAACUCCCUCCAUGGAGGAAGCCCUUCAGAUUAUCCACAGCCCAACGAUGCCCCCAGCAGAGGGGAUCAACAACAGUUUCUUUCUGCACACUCAGGACCACGGUGUUGGUGUGUUGGAGAAAGUUUCAGAGUCGGACUCCAAAAGGCCUCUGUGCACCACAGACACCACCGAGGUGGACACUGGCAUCCAUAUCCGAACAGGGGACAUGCUGGAUGAGGAUUCCUCACUGAAAGACUGCUCUGUGAACAUGGACCUGGAUAUAGACACGCCGAGCCUCUGCCCAAGCAGUCAGAGCAAAUCCCCCUCAGGAUCGAAGAUGACAAGCUUUGCUGAACAGAAGAAGAGGAAACCCACUCCAUCUUUGACAGACUCAGGUAGGUGCAGCAGCAGCAGCUCCCUCAAGACCACUCCUGAGGGUUCUGAGUUUUGCCUGCCGCUAUCCGUCUCCUGGGCCCCAACCCCUGAGCACAGCCUCAUCCAUCAGCAAACCACCAUCAUUGCUCAAGCAUCAGCCACACCUAUACAACUUUCUGCCAAGGACCCUGCUCAGGUCAUGGCUACGGAGAUGGUAGAGCUGAGGAUGCGGCUAGAGGAGAAGCGUAAAGCCAUUGAAGCACAGAAGAAGAAAGUGGAGGCUGCUUUUACAAAGCAUCGGCAAAAGAUGGGUCACUCAGCAUUCCUCAAUGUGGUAAAGAGAAAAGGAGAUGGGGCUGCCAGUGGGGAGGAAGGAGGGAAAACAAGUCCCACCUCCACCUUUGGGAGGAGCAAGACAGACACACCUGAUGGGGCAGAACAAAGUAACACAGCCUCCUGUUGGACAAAGUCGCUUGGUGCAGGAGAGGAAGGGGGUCAAAGCAAUGCUCAGCUAACAGAGGUAGAUCUCACAGAGUAUACUCAUUCCAUUGAGAAACUCAACCAUUCAUUAGCCUUCCUUCAGACUGAGAUGCAGCGACUCGCUCAGCAGCAGGAAGUGAUCAUGGCCAUGAGGGAGCAACAACAUCAGCAGGCGUGGGUAAUCCCUCCUCCGCAUACAUCACCACAAAAACAGACUCAAGCUGUUACUAGAUCCUCAGGACCUUCUUCUCCUGCCGACUCCCCUCGUUCCACCCACCCCUCUCCAACCAGCAUCAAACGCAAAUCUGCCUCCUUCCACUCACGUAAUCCUCGCACCGUUCGACCCAACGAGUUAAAGCUGGCCCCGUACAAUCGAGUCCUAAAUGCCCCACAAUCUGUCGACAGCAUCCCCAGGCUACGGCGAUUUUCUCCCUGCCAGCCCUUGGCCAGUUCUUUUCUUUACAUGGGGGAGAGACCAGGCACCACCAAUCCAGAAACAGUGGCCUCAGAUGGAGAUAAAAACAAGGAUACAGAGCCCCUCCUUUCCCCAGAGAAGGAGAAUCACAGUAUAAGUGUAGCCAACCCACCGUCCAGCUCCUCCAACCUGCAGAACAAAGUAGAAACCGAACCGGAUUCAGCUCAGAGAUCAGUUGCCAAUCUGAAACGUAUAGAAUCAUCAUUUCCGGAGGUUCUGGCCCACCCUGUGGUGGAGACCUUCACGGUGACUCCUACAGAGAUUCCUCCCAGACCAGAAGCCUCAGGCCAAGUCAAAAGUAGUUUGAUUGAGGUUCCUCUGUCAGUUGUGAAGACGCUGGAGGAUCUGACACUUGAUGAUGGUUUGGAGAUGCAGCAGGAUGAUGUUGAAGGGCCGGAUCACGAACAUAAAAUGUCUCAUGGUUUCUUCUUCAAGGCGGAUGGAAAGGCCGAGGAGAACAUGGCUCAGAAGAGGGCUGUACUGUUAGAGAAAAGGAUUAGGAGGGAGAAGGAGAGCCAGCAGAAGAAGAUGCAGCUGGAGGCUGAGUUGGAGCAGAAGAAGGAGGAAUCUCGAAUAAAAGCAGUGGAGGAGCGCAUCAGGAAGGAGGAAGACAAGACCAGGAGGGAGUUCAUCAAGCAGGAAUUUCUCAGAAGGAAGCAGCUCAAACUGGAAGCGGACAUGGAUACCAUCAUUAAACCACGACCAGUCGCAGCCAAGCAGAAACGGAGGCGUCCAAAGUCCCUCCAUCGCGACAGUGUGUCACAUCCAGGUUCACGCCAACGUGUCUUUUCAGUCUCCAGCUUGUCCCUUGCUUCUCUCAACCUGGGAGAUAGCGACAGUGUUCACUCUGAGAAGAGAUCACCAAGACCAGAUUCUGCAGAUGGAUUUCUGUCCCCGAGUCGAUCUGGCAGCAGGAAUGGAGAGAAGGAUUGGGAAAAUGGGUCCACGACCUCCUCUGUUACAUCAAACACGGAGUACACUGGACCAAAGCUAUACAAGGAGCCCAGUUCCAAAUCUAAUAAGCACAUCAUUCAAAAUGCUCUGGCCCACUGCUGCCUCGCAGGCAAGGUUAAUGAGGCGCCAAAGAACAAGAUCCUGGAGGAAAUGGAGAAAUCAGAGGCAAACAACUUUUUGGUUUUGUUCCGAGAUGCAGGCUGUCAGUUCCGCUCCCUCUACACGUACUGCCCCGAGAUGGAUGAGAUCAACAAGCUGACAGGCAUCGGCCCCAAGAGCAUCACGCGCAAGAUGAUCGAAGGUCUCUUCAAGUACAACUCGGACAAGAAGCAGUUCAGUCAGAUACCAGCCAAGACCAUGUCGGCCACCGUGGACGCAGUUACGAUCCAUGGCCAUCUCUGGCAAACCAAGAAGCCAGCCACCCCUAAAAAAGUAGUGCCUGUCCAGUUCUAAUGGAACUGGAUACCAAAUAUCACCAUUCCCCCCUCAGAUGGAACAUACCAAUUUCAAUUUGCACUUCAUUGUACAUAUCCACUAAGAUUCAAGAACCUGCAAUGCCAGUUAGAUGAAUGCAUAUUUGACUAUUAAUGUUUGUUUGUUAGUUUUUCCCUCUAAUUGCAUUCCUGUCCGUUUUUCUUUCCUACCGUGGACUGGAAAUGAGUCCUGGAAUGUAUGCCGCUGUUGAAGAAUGAUGUAAAAUGCUUCCCACUUCAGUGUUUUUAAAGAUUGUCAAGUUUGAGUCAAAUAAUGAAGGCAUGUGUGAGUGUUGUUUUUGUCUCAUAUGUGCCAAACGUAAAACAAGAGACGGUGUGAAUGCUAGGAUAUUUUACUGAACCACUGAACGUUUUAAAUUCAUGUACGGAUUGAUUCUGAGCCAUUGUCCUUCUGUACACAUUACAUCUAUUGCACCUGUCCAUCCUGGAGAGGGAUCCUCCUCUGUUGCUCUCCUGAAGGUUACUUCCCUUUUUUCCCCCCUGAAGGGUUAUUUGGGAGUUUUUCCUGAUCCGAUGUGAGGUUUUGGGGCAGGGAUGUCUAUGUGUAUAGAUUGUAAAGCACUCCGAGAUAAAUUUGUAAUUUGUGAAAUUGGGCUAUACAAACAAACUGAA